UGUUCCGGGGUGUCUCCCUGUUCUCUGUGCAUAGAUGGAUCGCUCUAACUCUGCCCGCGCCGCAGUGCGAGCCCCACACCUGUGCGCUCUCUGCUCCGCGCGGCCCCUGUGUGUAGGGAAAGGUCCGCUCACACGCCCAGCACGUUCUGCAGCGGUUCUGUUUGUGUUUUGUUAAUCCUCGCCUGACGGUAGUUACCAUUGACGUUUAGGGAGAGAAGUCGAGAGAGGGAGAGAGAGAGAGAAACAUCACACACGGAUUGGCUGCCUCCUGCCCCUGCCCAGACCGGGGCCGGGGAUCCAGCCCGCAGCUGAGGGAGGUGCCCUUGACCAGAAUCGAACCCGGGCCCUUCAGUCCCCAGGCGGUGCUCUAACCACUGAGCAACCGGCCAGGGCAGCCGCAGAGAGUUUCAGGUGAUCUGGGAACAUGAAACUAGGUACGUGGCAGAGUGGCACCGCCAGGGGGCGUUGGCGAUGGACUGCUGCUGUGUUGGGAAACAGGAUUUGGGGACAUCCCUGUUGUGAUAAACCUCUGGCAAAAAGGAACUAUCAAUAGAGCAAGCAUGCUAAUAUUGAGUAAGGCAGCAGGAGUUUUUUCUAAACCAUCGAAAAGGAAAAUUUAUGAGUAUUUAAGAAGUUCCAAUUUUCAUCCUGGGAAAGCAUUUCUGCACAAAGUCGUGUUGGGAAUUGAGACCAGUUGUGACGAUACGGCAGCUGCUGUGGUGGAUGAAGCUGGGAAUGUUUUGGGAGAAGCAAUACAUUCCCAGACUGAAGUUCACUUAAAAACCGGUGGGAUCGUUCCGCCAGUAGCUCAGCAGCUUCACAGAGAAAAUAUCCAGCGGAUAGUGCAAGAAGCGCUGUCGGCCAGUCGAGUCCCUCCGAGUGAACUCUCCGCCGUCGCCACCACCACCAUGCCCGGCCUCGCCCUGAGCCUGGGCGUGGGCCUGUCCUUCAGCCUGCAGCUGGUCGGCCGGCUGAAGAAGCCCUUCAUUCCCAUCCACCACAUGGAAGCUCACGCGCUCACUAUCAGGCUGACGAAUGAAGUGGAAUUUCCCUUUCUCGUUCUCUUGAUUUCUGGAGGCCACUGUCUGUUGGCCUUAGUCAGAGGAGUUGCAGAUUUCCUGCUUCUCGGAAAGUCUCUGGACAUAGCGCCGGGUGACAUGCUUGACAAGUGGAAGAGCAACAGUGGAUGGGGAGGCAGUGCCGGCUGCUGUCAGUUGGGUUGUCAGAAAGGCAGGCCUGGCCGUCUCCCUGACCAGCUGUCGGCCGUGUUUGUAAAGGCAGAGCAUGUCUUAUUCGUCCAGGUGGCAAGAAGGCUGUCUUUAACAAAACACCCGGAGUGCACCGCCAUGAGUGGUGGGAAGGCCAUCGAGCAUCUGGCGAAACAAGGAAAUAGACUGCGUUUUGACCUCACACCUCCCAUGCAUCGGGCUAAAAACUGUGAUUUUUCUUUCACUGGACUUCAACAUGCUGUGAAUAAGAUAAUAACACAAAAGGAAAAAGAGGAAGGCGUGGAGCAGGGGCAGGUCCUGGCCUCCGCUGCGGACAUCGCGGCCGCCGUGCAGCACACCACCGCCUGCCACCUCGCCAAGCGCACGCACCGCGCCCUGCUGUUCUGCCAGCAGCGAGGCCUGCUGCCGCCCAGCAACGCCGCCCUGGUUGUGUCUGGAGGAGUUGCCAGCAACUUCUACAUCCGAAAAGCUCUGGAACUUGUAACAAAUGCCACCCAGUGCGCUCUGCUGUGUCCUCCCCCCAGACUGUGCACGGACAACGGCGUGAUGAUCGCGUGGAACGGGAUUGAAAGACUGCGUGCCGGCGUGGGCAUUUUAUACGACACAGAAGGCGUCCGCUACGAACCGAAAUGUCCUCUGGGGGUGGAUAUAUCCAAAGAAGUUGGAGAAGCCGCCAUAAAAGUCCCACAAUUAAAAAUGAAGAUCUGAGUCCGGCUGGCGUGGCUCAGUGGUUGGGGUCGACCUACGAGCCAGGAGAUCCUGGUUCAAUUCCCAGUCAGGGCACAGGCCCGGAUGGCAGGCUCGAUGCUCAGUAGGGGGCGUGCAGGAGGCAACCAAUGAUCGACGUUUCUCUCUCUCUCCCUUCCUCUCUGAAAUCAAUAAAAAUAUAUUUUUUUAAAAAA